UGCAUUGAUGGGGUCAGUUUUUCUUUGUUUUGGUGCGUUCAAACUUUUUCAAUCAUGCUUGCUGAGCUGAGCAUUUCGCCCACUCAAUUGCUCUUUAAUUGUUCUUCAACAGUUAUCACACAAAAUCAGAAUCCUAUGAACAAAUCCAAAAUAUCCCAAUUUCAAAAUAUCCCUCUCCUUCAUUUCUGAUUUGCUCUGUUCUUUCUUGUUCUUCUUUUAAAUUCUCCUUCUAACCAAUCGAAGCUUAUGUUCUUUGUUCAUCAUUUUCCUGUUCUUUCUUGAUUUCUCCGUUGCCCUCUUUGCAUUGGUGGGUCCGCCAUUGAAGGCGAGUUACUUGUUUGAUUUUACUUUGCAUUUAGCCAUCUGGGUCAUCUUUAUUCGCUUUAAUAUUUAAUGGGUAAUGGCUAUUUUGAAGCUUUGAGAUAGCCAUUGAUGGAUCUGGAGAGUGCUAUUAGGGGUCACUCAAUCAAGAAGGAUUCUUGGAGAGCUGUUUUAACUUUGGCUUAUCAAAGCUUGGGGGUUGUUUAUGGCGAUUUGAGUACUUCCCCUUUGUAUGUUUACAAAAGCACUUUUGCUGAGGAUAUUGAGCACUCUGAAACUAAUGAGGAGAUUUAUGGGAUUCUUUCUUUUGUUUUCUGGACUCUCACGCUUAUUCCUUUGAUUAAAUACGUUUUUAUUGUUCUUCGAGCUGAUGAUAAUGGCGAGGGGGGAACUUUUGCUUUGUACUCAUUGCUUUGCCGCCAUGCCCGAGUUGGCUCCUUGCCUAAUUGUCAGCUCGCGGAUGAGGAGCUUUCUGAGUAUACAAAAGAUGGGGUGGAUUUAACCACUAAGAACACUUGUGGGUCGAGAUUGAAAUCGACAUUAGAGAACCAUAGAGUGCUGCAGAGGGUUUUGCUUGUUCUUGCUUUGAUUGGGGCUUGCAUGGUGAUUGGAGAUGGAGUUCUUACUCCUGCCAUUUCUGUUUUCUCUGCUGUUUCUGGGCUGGAACUUUCCAUGGCUAAAGAACACCAUCGAUAUGUCGAAGUCCCGGUCGCUUGUGUCAUAUUAGUAAUCCUAUUUUCACUUCAACAUUAUGGAACCCAUCGAGUCGGGUUUCUGUUCGCACCAGUUGUAAUUACCUGGCUCGUGUGUAUAAGUUCGAUAGGACUGUACAAUAUCUUCUACUGGAAUCCCCAUGUUUAUCAAGCACUCUCCCCAUAUUAUAUGUACAAAUUUUUGAAGAAGACCCAAAGGGGAGGUUGGAUGUCCCUGGGCGGCAUCCUGUUAUGUAUGACAGGUUCGGAAGCAAUGUUUGCUGAUCUCGGCCACUUCUCGCAGCUAUCUAUCAAGAUUGCGUUUUCUUUUGUGGUUUAUCCAGCUUUGGUACUGGCAUAUAUGGGACAAGCUGCUUAUCUUUCUCAACAUCACGGUGAAGAAAGUAACUAUCGAAUCGGAUUUUACGUGUCGGUUCCUGAGAAAAUAAGAUGGCCUGUACUUGUGAUAGCCAUUUUAGCUGCGGUGGUCGGAAGUCAAGCUGUCAUUACCGGGACGUUUUCGAUAAUAAAACAGUGCUCUGCGUUAGGCUGCUUCCCAAGGGUCAAAAUUGUUCAUACGUCGUCGAAAAUCCACGGCCAGAUUUACAUACCAGAGAUCAACUGGACUUUGAUGAUCUUGUGCUUGGCUAUUACUGGUGGCUUUCGAGACACGAAACGAAUGGGGAAUGCAUCAGGUUUAGCGGUAAUAACUGUUAUGCUAGUGACUACCUGCCUAAUGUCUGUAGUCAUCAUCUUGUGCUGGAACAAAAGCUUUCUCUUUGCCAUUGCCUUCAUACUCAUUUUCGGGUUCAUCGAAUCACUCUACUUCUCGGCAUCUCUCAUCAAGUUUCAAGAAGGAGCGUGGGUUCCCAUUGCCCUCUCGCUCAUCUUCCUACUAGUCAUGUACGUAUGGCAAUACGGAACGCGCAAGAAAUACGAGUACGAUGUUCAAAACAAAGUCUCAAUCAACUGGCUCUUAGGCUUAGGUCCAAGUUUAGGCAUUGUACGAGUACGAGGCAUUGGUCUUAUAUACACCGAGCUAGUCUCAGGUAUCCCCGCCAUCUUCUCCCACUUCGUAACAAACCUCCCGGCCUUCCACCAAGUCCUAGUCUUCCUUUGUGUAAAAUCCGUCCCCGUCCCACACGUGAGACCAGGAGAGAGAUUCCUCGUAGGAAGAGUUGGACCAAAGGAGUACCGUCUGUAUCGAUGCAUAGCACGAUAUGGAUACCGCGACAUCCACAAGGAUGGUAUCGAGUUCGAGAAGGACCUAGUGUGUAGCAUUGCGGAGUUCAUAAGGUCAGAGAAGGCGGAGACGAACGUGAAGGUGGAAGAUUUGGAAGAGAGCGAGAGAAUGACGGUGGUGGGAACGUCGUCGACACACGUAGACGGAGUGAGAAUGUGUGAAGAUGAAGGAGGAGGAGAGACAUCAGAGGUGAGGGAGAUAAAGUCAGCACAAAAGGUGAGGAAAAGAGUGAGGUUUGUUGUGCCUGAGAGCCCACAAAUGGAUGUGGAGGCAAGGAGAGAGCUGGAAGAGCUAAUGGAAGCAAGAGAGGCAGGGAUGGCUUUCAUUAUGGGACAUUCAUAUGUGAAGGCAAAGAGAGGGUCAGGUUGGGUGAAGAAAAUGGUGAUAAAUUAUGGGUAUGAUUUCUUGAGAAGGAACUCAAGAGGGCCAUCUUAUGCUUGGACUGUGCCUCAUGCAUCUACUCUAGAGGUUGGGAUGAUCUACCAAGUUUGAUUACCCUAAACCCUCUCUUUGUAUAUAAUAAAAGCGUUUUUGUCUAAUCUUUCUCUUUUCUUAAUAAAUUUUGGUUUUGAU